ACCUUAGUAAAUUUGUUAUCUGCCAGAGACAGCAACGUGCUUUUGGGUGCCCUCCUUGCUCUGACUAGCCUGGCAGAAAGUCCAGAAUGUAGGGAGAAGAUAAGUGAACUCACCAUUGUUGAGAACUUGCUGGUGAUAUUACAUGAAUACGAUUUGCUUUCUAAAAGGCUCACGGCAGAGUUGCUACGUCUCCUCUGUGCAGAGCCACAAGUCAAAGAGCAAGUGAAAAUGUAUGAAGGAGUUCCAGUCUUGCUCAGUUUACUCCAUUCUGAUCAUAUCAAACUUCUGUGGAGUAUAGUCUGGAUUCUGGUGCAGGUUUGUGAAGACCCUGAGACUAGUGUGGAAAUCCGAAUUUGGGGUGGAAUCAAGCAGCUCCUUCAUAUAUUACAGGGGGAAAGAAAUCUUGUUUCUGAUCGCUCUUCAGUUGGAAGUUUAUCUAGUGCGAACGCAGCAGGGAGAAUCCAACAUCUUCAUUUGUCAGAUGAUUUGAGUCCUGAUGAGAUGCAGGAAAACACUUUCUCACUUCAAGCAGCUUGUUGUGCUGCAAUUACUGAACUGGUGCUCAAUGAGACUAACGCUUACCAGGUAGUACAGGCAAAUGGAAUAUAUACAAUAGCAAAGCUGAUUUUACCGAAGAAAGAAAGAAAUGCUGAAAAAGCUAAUUUAUUACAGUGUUAUGCUUUCAGAGCCCUGAGAUUUCUCUUCAGUAUGGAAAGAAAUCGACAUAUCUUUAAAAGACUUUUCCCUACUGACUUGUUUGAAAUCUUCAUUGAUAUUGGACAUUAUGUGCGUGAUAUCAGUGCUUAUGAAGAGUUGGUAUCAAAGCUAAAUUUAUUAAAGGAGGAUGAAUUGAAGCAAAUUGUUGAGAGUAUUGAGAGCAUGAAUCAGAGUAAGGCACCUACAAAACAUGUAGGCAAUUAUGCAAUUUUAGAGCAUCUUGGCAGUGGAGCUUUUGGAAGUGUAUAUAAGGUUAGAAAACAUAAUGGACAAAAUUUCCUGGCAAUGAAAGAAGUCAAUUUACACAACCCAGCAUUUGGAAAGGACAAAAAAGACAGAGACAGCAGUGUAAAGAAUAUUGUCUCUGAAUUAACCAUCAUCAAAGAGCAGCUUUAUCAUCCAAAUGUUGUACGGUAUUAUAGAACCUUCUUGGAAAAUGACAGAUUGUACAUAGUCAUGGAGCUCAUAGAGGGAGUGCCAUUGGGAGAACACUUUCACUCUUUGAAGCAAAAGCAACAACAGUUUACAGAAGAAAGAAUAUGGCAUAUAUUUAUCCAACUUUGUCUAGCUCUUCGUUAUUUGCAUAAAGAGAAAAGAAUUGUUCAUCGAGAUCUCACUCCGAACAAUGUCAUGCUGGGGGAUAAAGACAAAGUUACAAUUA